AUGCCUUACUACUGCACAGUGCCGCGUUGUACGUCGAUGGCUGGAAAGGUGAAGAACGUAUCAUUUCACCAAUUUCCGAAGGACGAGGAGCUUGCAAAACUGUGGAACGAUAUCUUGAAACGCGGUAAACCGUACACGAAGUACUCUAAAGUGUGUAGUCUCCAUUUCAAGCCCGAAGAUUACACUAUAACUAGCACAGGAAAGAAUAAAGGUCAAUGGAGGAGUCUUCGCAAGGAUGCAAUACCAUCGCAGAACUUACCCACAGAUGGACCAGCUCCAUACACAAGGAAACAAUCUGGUUCCUCGACACCUAACAGUGUCCCAACACUUGAUCCUCACCUAAAUAAUAUACAAAUCCGUGAGCAUGCUCAACAUCUGGCUCGAGCCAUUUAUAUGCAGACCAUGCUAGCCUUGCAAGCUUCGGGCGUACAGGAUGUCAUAGCCAACGGACUUAGUAAUGGUAUACCACCAGUUCCUCAACCACAAGAAGCUAAUUCUCCAUCAUCACAAACACUGGAAGAGCCUGAAAGCCAUCCUAGCCAAGCACCAAACCCGCUCAGACCUGAUAUUUAUAACACAUCAUACCAAUGUAUGGAUUGUUCAAAAUGUUUCAAGGAUCCCGACGUAUUUGCCAUACACAAAAGGACUCAUAAGGACCCGGAAACGACAAACGGUAAGGAAAAUCUCGACCUGAACACUUUGAAGCCAGAAAUGCUAAAAGCUAAUCCCAUACUGGCGAACCUUCUCAGAAGUUCAGUCGAAAGAAAUAUAUUUACAAGGAAUAUUUUCGAGAAACAGCUAAUGGUCAGUUUUUCUAAUAUGGAUAGAUAUUUUAACAGCGUCGCGAAAUUCGAUUGUGAUAGCGAUUCUAUUGAUGACAGUAACUUGGUUAUAGAUGAGAAUGUAGCUUAAG